AUGGUGUCAGAUGCUCUUUGGCUUUCCUCAGCAUCACCUAACCUGAAGAACCUGGAGGACUCUUGCUUGGGACCCUUCCCAGAAGAAGAAGUUGUCAAUCUUGUGUGUCUUAAAACAAGAAGAAGGAGAAGAAAGAGGACAGGAAGGAGAGGAAGGGGGAGAGGGGAGAAGAAAGAGAAAGAAAGAAAGAAAGAAAGAAAGAAAGAAAGAAAGAAAGAAAGAAAGAAAGAAAGAAAGAAAGAAAGAUUAAAAGUUGAACACAGAAGUUCUAAAUGUAAGAUAGAAGAAGGAGAGAAGAAAGAGAAAGAAAGAAAGAAAGAAAGAAAGAAAGAAAGAAAGAAAGAAAGAGAGAGAGAGAGAGAGAGAGAGAGAGAGAGAGAGAGAAAGAAAGAAAGAAAGAAAGGCCAAGCAUACAGAUUGAAAGAAAGAAAGAAAGAAAGAAAGAAAGAAAGAAAGAGAAAUAAAGAAAGGAAAGAAAGA